UCCGCGAUCAGUCGACGCAGCCAGUUCACUCUCGGCCCCUCCGGAUCGACGAGUCCGCUUCGCUUCCGAUCGAUCGUCGUUCCGCCAUUUUCGCGCCUCGAGAAGCUCGUCAUUGCGAGUUUCUCCACAGCAAAGAUGAAAGGCAAGAAGAAUAAGUACCCAGGACCAUCUUUGAUGAAGGCAACUAAAAAGAUAGGGAAGGGCACUUUGAAGGCACAUUCCAAGAUGAUAGCGACUUCUGCACUUGAUGGUGGGCCUCCUCCUAAUCCCAUCAGUGUUUUGGAGACUCAUCCAGUAAUGGCUAGUGUCAUGGCAUUUGAGGGCGGUCCUACUGUUGAACCAACCCCAUCUACGACACAUGAGGAGGAGAAAGUGGAAAAGGAUAGUGAGAGGGAUGCGGGGUUUAUAUUUUUGUGUAGUGGUAAAACGAAGCCGGAAUGUUAUCGAUAUCGUGUUUUCGGGCUGCCUGUGGGACAAUUGAAAGUUGUGAAGAAAGUCAAGCCAGGUGCAAAACUAUUCUUGUUUGAUUUUGACUUAAAACUUCUCUAUGGAGUAUAUGAGGCGACAUCUGGGGGAGACUUGGACAUAGAGCCCAUGGCAUUUGACCAGAAAUUUCGUUCCCAGGUGAAAUUUAGGAUCUACAAAGAGUGUUUACCUAUUCCUGAGAGUGUUUUCAAGAGAGCAAUCGAGGAUAAUUAUGUUAGCCGUUCUAAGUUUCGCCAGGAGCUCAAUAGAAAGCAGGUGAGGUCUCUAGUAUCAUUGUUUAGACCAAUAGAUGUGAUACCACCUUCUUCUGUUGCCUUCCCCUAUGGAAUGAUUCGGUCUGCUCGACCAGCUUAUGCUCUGGAGAAAUAUUUGGAGCCAGCGGCAGGGUUUCCUCCUCCAGGGGACUUGUAUCUACCCCAGAGGCAGCAGCCAAAUUCCCUGGCCAUUCCUAGGCAGCAAUAUGAAGGCUCCAUUCUACAAGCAUGGUAUGAACGAUAUGGAUCAGAAACUCAUAUGGGACAGAUAGAACCGGUUAUGGAGUCUGAUUACUAUGUUCGGCAAGUUUCUCUUCCUCCUGAAGGAGGCUCACAAAUUUCUUCAGAAGUUCAUCAGCCAUAUUUCCCUGAAGAACCACAAUAUUCUGUGGACGAUCCAUGUAGAAGCAGGCACAUGGCAAUGUGGACUGACAGCCAAGGGCAGGCUAGUUUGAAUGGCUGGAUAGUGAAGAAAAAUGCAUUGCUAUGUGUCUGCAGCUGUGUUAGCAGGGAUCUUAUGGGGUUAUCUCUCGCAAGUAGGAGGAGCUUUCACUGUGGGAUGAUCUUUGAAGGUUUCUUAUUGGUCUGGAGAUUAUAUAAAAUUCCAAAUUUGGUAUCUUGCUUGUGCUAGUGAUAGAUCUUCUGACACUUUGUCGAGUUGCAUAGGCUGACCAGUGCUUUCUUGUGAGCAGAUUCACGUUGAUCAACUUUUUUCCAAGAUGUUCUUUAUGUCACCUUUGUUUAACUUAAUCUAUGAAGGGUUAUUUCUGUUCA